AUGCCACGAGCAUCCGACUGGGACCCGAGUUACUCGACGGACGAUGAGUGGCACAGGCACAAAGUCACAAAGGACACUUUGAACAUUCACACCCGUCAUGUUCAUCCCCCCGCACCCCGGCCCCCACCGCGGAGAGUCCAAGACGACGAGGUCUAUCGUCCUGACUACGGUCGUCGCACGACAGAGUUUCUGACUCCUGAAGUGCACUAUACAACCGGUCUCCAUCGAACUCGCUCACAAGGUCAUGCGCCUGCUCCCAACGUGACAAUAUACAACACCAGUCACCUGGAUAACGAUAGCCACCCCCGUGUAAGCACUGAGCAGAAGGGUCAAGACGCCAGUCCUCGUGGCCGACGCAUGCCCGGUGGGUUUGAGGACCUGGAAGAAAACAUCGCUGCGCUACGAGCAGACAUAAAGAAGGAGCAUCGUUCGCGCUCUAGGCACGAGUAUGAGCAUCAACGUGCUCCCGAGCCGAACUACGAAGACAAGAUCAAGUUGACACUUGCUGAGCAACGCCUUAGAGAUCUCGAAGAUAGGCUUGAGAGGGAGCGUCAGGAGCGAUACCAUCAUCACUCGCCAGACCGCAGUUAUGAGGACAAAGUCAAGUUGACACUGGCUGAGCAGCGGCUUCGGGACGCUGAACAGCAACUCGAGAGGGAAAGACGUCAUCACUCAUCAGAUGGCUACAAAGAUAAGGUACAAGAGGCACUAAUGCAACAACGCCUUGAAGAAGCCGAGGAGAAGGCUGAGCGGGAUCGUUGGGAGAAGGAAACCGAGAGACGGGAAGAAUUGGCCAGGCGCAGGGUUGAGCUUGAGUUCAUCCAUGAUAGAAGGGACCGUGAGCUAGAAGCGGAAAACAUCAAGAGAAUAGAGGAGAGUAUGCGUCGCGAUUGGGAGUUGAAGCGAGAGAGGGAAGACCGAGACCGCGAGCGACGCGAUAUCGACGAGGAGAGGAAGAAAGCUCAAAUCAUCGCCGAGAACAGGGCGAAGAUGUCCAGAGAGCAAAGGGAGGCUGAGGAACAGCGCGACAAGAUGCUUGCCAAACUAGAGAGGGAGCAGAGAGAACAGGAUGAUGAACGCAAGCGGAUUCUCGCCGAGGCCAAGCUCAAGCAAGCCAGAGAGCAACGCGAGGCCGAGGAACAACGUGAGAAGAUCCUUUCUGACAUGGAGAAGAAGAAGAAGCGAGAGAACGAAGAACGCGCGCGCAUCAUUGCGGAGAACACGGCUAAGCUUGAGAAGGAGGCACGUGAGCGUGAACUCAAGGAAAAGGCGUUUGAAGAAGAGCGCAAGCGAAUCAUCGCUGAUAACGAAGCCAAAGUAGCUAAACAGGCAAGAGAGGCAAAGGAAGCUCAACAGCGUGCUGUCGAUGAAUACCAACGGAACAAGGCCAAAGAAGAGGCCGAAGCUCAAGCAGAGAAAGACCGUAUCAUCUAUGAGUACGAGCGCAAGAAGAUCCUGGACGCCGACAAGGAGAAGCGAGCAAAAGAGGAGCUCAUCAUGAAGCUCAAACUCGAAGAGGAAGAGCGAAAGCGCAAGGAAAAGGAAGAAUUCGACGCCUUCACGCGAAAGCAGCAAGCUGCAGAAGAAGCAGAGAAGCGGAAGAAAGAGGCCCAGGAGAAGGAGCUCGAGGAGACAAUGCGUAAGCGACUCGCUCAAUUCGGCUUCCAAGACAACCAGAUCCAGGCACUCGUCAACCCGGACAAGCAAAGAGAGCUUCAAGCAGGCAUGAUGCCUAACCAUCCUCUCCAUCCAGUCGCUCCUCCUGCGCCUCCGCCACCACCGCACCACCACCACUCUCAUUCUCACUCGCACUCUUCUUCGCAUCAGAUCGCCAUUGCGCCGCCACCUACCUACGCCAAGGUACACAGAAGCCAUCUCGACGUCGAGACGCUGCACUACUACGACAUCCCCUACGAAUUCGACGUUAACCCCGAAUACAUCAUCGUCCUCCGCGAAAUGUCCCAACGCGAAACUGACAUCCUCUUCGAGCAUACCCGUCGUCUGCGCACUGGACACGGUAGCAAGUUGUUCAUUGAAUCGGAAGGGAGGGAUAGACACGGCGCGUUAGACAACGAGUUUGAAGCCUUUCAAGCCGGCGGCCGGCCUCUUCCAACACAAAACUUCCAACCUUUCGAUCCACGAUUCGCGCAACCUCCUCCCCAGUUUGCGCAAGCCCCACAAGCACCCGACUGGGCGGCCGACUUUCAACGCUUGGAUGUUAGCAGUCCCCCGCCACAGACGUUCCAGCAACAGCGACAGCAACCGGCGAGCGCAGCGUCAGCAUGGCAUCAGGACUUCUUGAGGCAGCAGGCUCCGGUCGCACAGGCGCCUACAUUACAGCAAACCCCGUAUGGAGGCAUGUCGGGAUACAACAUGGGUGGAUUUGGUGGACAAGCAUACAUGCAGGCCCCGACUUUCCAGAAUGCCCAAGUCUCAGAGGUCGCGCAAGGGAAGCAGCGCGCCCAGGAUGACGUACCAGCGUUCGACGAGGCGGCUUUCGAACAAGCAUUUGCGCAGGCGCAACAAGACAUGAUGGAGACGGCAGAGGCAGAGCAAGUACACACACAGCCAGCGCAAGAGGCGCUGGAUCUGGACCGGCCGGGUGAGAUGGAUCCUCUUCUUCAACGGAUACGAGAAACGCGGCCAGCUGUCUACUCCGCCAUCCAAGUCUGGAGCGAAACCGGUCUCGGGCGAACCGACGAAGCAGUAGCCUACCUCGAGAACAUGGAUCGCCUGGAGAAGAGCGGUACUCUGGUCCAGGACGCGAACGAAGGGAAAUGGAUUGUCGAUUCUCUUCAAAGAAUCGUAAAUCGCGAUGCCCCUCAAGAAGUCAAGACCCGCGCCGAAGAGCUCAUCAAGGCCAUCAACCAACGCCUCAUGUCACAAUACCCACUGGGGUCUCGUGUUCAGAUGAGCGAAGAGCAAAUAUGGCAGGAUCUAGAAGCAGCAGGCUACAUGCGAACACCAGAGCCGCUACAACACUUCGAACAGAAACCCGAAGAAGAGCAGAAGCAAGAACAACCGCUAAGAAACGAAGACGAUGAGAUGGCGGCAACAGCAGGCCGGUUGCUAGAGCGCGUAGCAGACAACACAAGCGAGAAGUUCCAAAACUCACAGUUCCUCGGACUAAUGCGCCGCCUGCGAGACCGCGAAGUAAGAGUACAAGAAGACAAGAUCGUCGAAGUCGACGCCAGCACCCAGCAGCCAACAAACACAAUGACCAUGCCCCAAACCACCAUCUCCCAACAACCGUCCCAAUCACAACCACCCCCAUCAACGCAAAUCCCCGAAAUCGACCCCACGAUCCUCUCCCACGCCGCCACCGACUUCGAAACGCCCAUCUACUACGGCGAUGACGCACAACCACAGCAGUAUGCCCAGCCUCCUCCUGAUUCCUCCCCACAUAAUCCUCUCAGGGAGUCCCUAAUAACUGAUGAGAUUUCAGAACAAUAUAGAUACUACAAUGUCCAUGCCGCUUAUCACCGGUGA